AUGACACAAAUUGAAAUACCGAGGGAACUACCAAGUAUUCUUAAGAAUUUUACCUUGAGUGUACUACGUACGAAGCCACGAGAUAUUAUUGAUCAUGCUGUCGAUUAUUUCACACAAUUACAGCGGCAACAGAAACAGCUUAUAACAGGCGACAAUUCAACUUCUUCUCCUCCUCCUCCUGCAUCAUCAUCGAAUCCAUCUGAACAAGUUCGAUUACAACAUCCAACAUCAAAUCACAAUGUUAUAUCAUCAGGUUUGGAGCUAGUUAGCUAA